UUGCAAAAGAUGAGAACUUUACUUCUCUUCUUCUUCUUGUUCUGCUCUGUUCUUUACCUCUUUCCCCGAACUGGAUCCGCCACCGACGUGCUGACCGCCGAUCAAUCCUUAGUCAACAACCAGACCCUUCUCUCCGCCGGCAAGAUUUUCGAGCUGGGAUUCUUCGCCUCGGGAGGAAACUCCAGCAACUGGUACCUCGGAAUUUGGUACAAGAACAUCCCUCAGCGAACCUACGUCUGGGUCGCCAACAGAGACGAUCCUUUGCAAAAUCUGUCCGCCGCCGCCUUCAGAAUCGCCGACGGGAACCUCGUCCUCCUCGACCAACGUGCAACGUAUCCCCUCUGGUCGACGAACCGGACGACGAUGUCGGGAAAUUACCCAAUUGCGCAGCUUCUCGACACCGGGAACCUGGUCCUGAGAGAUGAUGGAACAGAGUCCAGUCGAAUCCUAUGGCAGAGCUUCGACUACCCGACCGACACUCUGCUUCCGGGGAUGAAAUUGGGCUGGGAUCGAACCACGCGGUUCGAUCGGUUCCUCAAUUCCUGGGCGGGGCCGGAAAACCCAGGAACCGGGAAAUUCUCCUUCAAAUUAAACCACACCGGGUUCCCGGAGAUCUUUCUGGUCGAAUCCAGUUCGAGAAUCGUGUACCGGAGCGGGGCGUGGAGCGGGUCGCGGUUCAGCGGCGUACCCGAAAUGCAGCCCCUCAAUCACGCCUCCUUCGAAUUCGUUACCGGCAGCCAAGAGGUCUACUACUCGUUCCACGUGUCUUCCCACACGAUCUACUCCCGAUUGACGGUGACUCCCGACGGGAUUCUCCGGCGGUACACGUGGAUCCCUGAGAUUGGCCAGUGGAGGCCGUUCUGGUACGCGCCCAAAGAUCAGUGCGAUAACUACAGGGAGUGUGGGGUUUACGGGAUCUGCGAUUCGAAUUCGUCGCCGGUUUGCAAGUGUAUCCCCGGGUUCCUACCCAGGUACCCGGAAGCCUGGAAUUUGAGAGACGGGUCGGGCGGGUGUGCCCGGAAGACCGAUUUGAAUUGCCCCCGGGAUAAGUUUCUGAAGACCAGGAAUGUCAAGCUGCCGGAGAGCGCCGCGGCGGCGGUCGACCGGGGAUUGGGAUUGAAGCAGUGUGGGGAAUUGUGCGCGAGGAAUUGUUCGUGUACGGCUUACGCAAGCGCGAAUGUCACCGGCGGCGGGUCGGGUUGUGUGAUUUGGUUCGGCGGGUUGGUGGAUAUGCGGCAGUACCCGGACGGCGGGCAAGAUCUCUAUGUUCGUUUGGCAGCUUCGGAUUAUCUGAAGGAAUCCAAUAGCAUUCUUGAGUCGAAGAUGAAGAUGUUGUUGAUCAUUAUCAUCCCGUCGGUCGUCUCAAUAAUAUGUGCAGUCAUUGUCCUCUCUGUUUAUUUCUGGCUCAGAAAACAGAAACAGAGCAAGGUGAAGAACAACCAGAUCAUAAAUCUGUUUCAUCCGAGUGACGGUUCAAAUUACUUGGACGAUUCUUCGGCUCCAGCAGACAUCAACCGAACUACUAGCUACCCUGAAUUACUGCUCUUCAGCCUCGACGCCAUACACGAAGCUACCGACAGUUUUUCUCCAGCACACGGAAAGCUGCCCAGCGGACAAGAGGUUGCUGUAAAACGAUUGUCCAUAAAUUCAACUGCUGGGUUAGAGCAGUUCCAGAACGAAGUGUUCUUAAUUGCAAAGCUGCAGCACAGGAACCUUGUGAAGCUUUAUGGUUGCUGCAUUGAGCAAGAUGAACAGAUUCUGGUCUAUGAGUACCUGCCCCAGAAUAGUUUGGACUCGCUUCUCUUCGUAGACGAGAGCUUAAGGUCAGUUUUGGAUUGGAGGAAACGAUUUAACGUCAUCGUGGGAAUUGCUCGUGGGAUCUUGUAUCUUCAUCGAGAUUCAAGAUUCAGAAUAAUACAUAGAGAUCUGAAACCCAGUAACAUUCUCCUUGAUGCUGAGCUGAAUCCCAAAAUUUCUGAUUUUGGGAUGGCCAGAAUAUUGAACGGCGACCAAGUCGAAGGGACGACAAGCAGAAUUGGCGGAACGUAUGGCUACAUGUCACCUGAGUACGGGCUCUUUGGAAGGUUCUCUGUAAAAUCUGAUGUGUUCAGCUUUGGGGUGAUAUUAUUAGAAACCGUCACUGGGAAGAAGAUCAAUGGGUUUUCCCAGGAAGAUCCUUCGUUGAGCUUGAUCAGUCAUGUAAGUGGUCUAGUUGAGGACAUGGUCACAGAGCUAUUAAGCUACCAAUGA